AUGCCAGAGCCUGUGCCAACAGGUGCAAAUACUAUUACGCGGACUACGAAGUUUUGUCUCACUCGAACACCCUCUGGUUUGGGCUCCGGAGACUACAUGGCUUUAUCCGAUUACAAUGCGAACGCUGCGGGCGCACAGCAAGCUGUUCCCCAUGAAUCUGAUCUCCUCCAUGCUCAGAACUCGUUGAUCGUUUCACUCCCAGACGAAGGACUGGGGUUUGAUGCGACUCUUGAACAUCUAACGACGGACAUUGCUCCAGGGUUCCACGGAUCUAAUCGCUGCCCCACGUACUACGCGUAUACCACGGGGGCGGUGACCGACGCGGCAUUGUUCGCCGACUGGUUAGUCAGCCAGUACGACCAAAAUGUCUCCGUUCAUCUGCCCUCUGAGACCGUGGCCACAACCUUGGAGGCAAUCACUCUGAAAUUAUUACAGCAACUUUUUUCUAUCGACGAACUCGAGUUCACUGGCAGAGUCUUCACCACGGGGGCCACAGCUUCCAACCUUAUUGGACUGGCUCUCGGCCGAGAAUAUGUCAUUCGUGAGGCUGGCCGGCGCAAACGUGUCCCGUCUGCAGUCAGUGUUACAAAGUCCGGCUUUCUGGAAGCCUGCGUCAAAGUGGGAGCGCCAGGGAUCCAGAUCAUUGGAACAGUUCCCCAUGCGUCGAUGUACAAAGCGGCUUCGAUUGCAGGGAUCGGCAGAGACUCGUUUACAUUGCUUCCGCUGAGCGAUGAGCAGCCGUGGAGAUUUAACGUAGAGGCGCUCGAAGCUCAUCUCUCGCGUGGACCCCCGGCCAUCGUGCUUGUCAGUGCUGGGGAUGUUAGCUGUGGGCGUUUCGCGACCAACGGGGAAGAGUUGGUGCGAAUCCGCGCACUGGCUGAUGAGUAUGGUGCAUGGGUCCAUGUCGAUGGAGCGUUCGGUCUACAAGCACUCAUCUUACCCGAGAAAACAGAAUACAGAAUCAUUGCAGGGGGGAUCUCUGGUAUCCUGCUGGCCGACUCACUGGCCGGUGACGCCCACAAGAUGUUGAAUGUGCCAUAUGAUUGCGGGUUCUUCUUCACUCGUUACCCUGAUCUCCAAGAAGCGGUAUUUCAGAACCCCAAUUCGCCAUAUCUAGCCACCCAAGCCUCCUCUACUCCGUCUCCGUUGAAUAUGGGCAUCGAAAAUAGCCGUCGAUUCCGGGCGUUGCCGGUAUAUGCAUCACUCCUGGCUUACGGACGCGAUUGGUUCUCUCAACUUCUGGAGCGCCAGAUUCUGUUGGCUCGCCGAAUUGCAGAGUACAUCGACCGCUCUCCACGUUACGAGCUGUUACCGGAUUCGAGGAUCGAAGCAGUAUACAUCGUCGUCCUGUUUCGAGCCCAAUCCGAGGCUCUCAAUGCCCGUCUGGUUUCGGAAGUCAAUGCGACAAAUCGACUUCGUCUGACAGUUGUUGAAUGGAGAGGAAGACCUGCAGCUCGCAUGGCUAUAGCGACCUGGCGGGUUGAGAUUGAACGUGACUUUGAAACGGUGAAGCAGAUUCUGGAAACAGUGGUAUACGAGGUCCAAGCUAGCUAG